AGGGUGUUGUCGCGCGGCCGCAACCCGCCGCGCCGCCGCCCGCGGGUACGAGGAGGCGCGGAGGGCGGGGCUGCACAAGCGUACGCGCGCCCACGACGAAGGCAGCUGCGGCGCGCGCGUUUGCGAGCAGAGGCGCGCAUCUGCUUCGUCCUCAACUCCGACGCCGAGGCGGCCGCCGUUUCAAGGCCUUGUGGCACGCGACGCCGGGCUCACAACUACCUGCUCGUCGGCUGCCCACUCCAAGACGCGCCGGGACGCUACGUCACCCGUCUUUGCUACUCCCGGGCUGACUCAUCUCCUAGGCACGCCAUUGCUGUUUUGUGCGUUAUUUACUUUAAUUCCAAAGUGUGCUCUUGUCAACCUUUAGCCGAAGCCGGAUAUGCGCGCUGGCAACCAAACAAGCCCGAUAGCCCUGACGUUGAAAGAUGCGGGAGCAUGGCACCAAACGCUCUGCUGAACGACAUCCAAUGCACAAAUCCCAUGUCCUUCAUAUGCGAAUACGAGUAUUAAUCUACUGCCUACCAGUAGUCAAUUACUUAUUGUAACGAAACAAUGCAGUGUAACACACAGUUAUUAAAUAAUUAUGAGCUUUUUUUCUCUAAAAAACACACUUGUACUACAUAAUAUGUAAUAAAGUA